ACCCUCCAAGUCUCCGUAAUGGCAUAAAGUUGAAAAACAGAGAAUUGCAACUUAUCCUUGUUGCUGGAACUAUCAACAAUGGCGGCCAUUGGCACCACAAUUCUCACAAACAAUCUUCACUGCGGAGUGGCCGUGAAGCCCCGGGCCGCUCACGCUCUCACCAUCAACAACUACAAAAUGCCGGUACCUUACGAACUCAAGCAAGGACAGUCCCGCCAAUUUCACAAGCUCCCUUCCGGUUCCAGCAUGGAGAUCAUCUUCCAAAAAGGCCAUCACAAAAUUGAUGAGAAGCCGCCGUUAGUAUUCGUGCACGGGAGUUUUCACGCUGCGUGGUGCUGGGCUGAACACUGGUUGCCCUUCUUUUCUCGACAUGGAUUUGAUUGUUAUGCUCUCAGCUUGCUCGCUCAGGGAGAAAGUGAUUCACCUGAUGGUGCAGUUGCAGGUUCACUCCAGAGUCAUGCAGCUGAUGUGGCCGACUUCAUCCACAAGGAAAUCCAGUUACCACCAAUCUUGUUGGGUCACUCUUUUGGCGGACUUAUCGUUCAAUACUAUAUUGCAAAUGUAGGAAAUGAGAAAUUGCAAGUUUCAGAAAUGGAAAACACACACCCGAAUCUAGCUGGAGCUGUCCUUGUAUGCUCUGUACCUCCUUCAGGAAAUAGUGGCCUAGUUUGGCGGUAUCUAUUCUCCAAACCUAUUGCUGCAUUUAAGGUAACGCGCAGUCUGGCAGCAAAAGCUUUUCAAACUUCUCUGCCACUUUGUAAGGAAACUUUCUUCUCUGCUUCUAUGGAGGAUCAUCUGGUCCUUCGAUAUCAGAAGCUGAUGACAGAAAGUUCACGGAAGCCACUUUUUGAUCUGCGGAAGCUGAACGCAUCACUUCCUGUCCCCCCCGUGAAGGAUCCCUGUAUGAAGAUUCUGGUGUUGGGAGCAAAUGAUGAUUUUAUAGUGGAUGCAGAGGGUCUUAGAGAAACAAGCAGGUUUUAUGGAGCAUCAGCUGUUUGUGUAGAAGGGGUUGCACAUGACAUGAUGUUGGAUGAGUCAUGGGAGAAAGGUGCACAAGUAAUUCUAUCAUGGCUGCAUGCUUUGGACACGGAGCAGCCUCAAUAGUUAGUUGGAGCUUCCCACAUCCCAAAAUGUGUAAUUUUUGAGGACAUAUCUUAGCUUGAGUUAUAAGAUAUUAUGUCAAUACACUAUUUUCUUGUUUCGGGAUUCCCAAGUAUUUGGACUAUUGAAAGUCAGCAAUUCCCACCUCA